UUCUGAAGAUUCCUCCAAACUCUAGUAUAAAUGGAUGGUGUGAGGACUCAGUAGUCACAUCAGUUCGUUCUCUCGAGAAUCCAACAGUUAGUAACAGUGCUGCCGAAACACCCCUUACAAACCACCGAAAUGGAUUGCAAACUUGUCAUCUUCGUCAUGAGCUCCAUCCUCAUCUCGUCAGCUAUGGCUGCUCCCAAACCAGGCGCAGUUAUUGCUCCGGCUGCAUAUGCUGCAGUCCCAGCUGCAUACACUGCUGCAGUACCGGCUGCAUACACUGCUGCAGUUCCGGCUGCAUACACUGCUACAGUUCCGGCUGCAGUCCCAGCUGCAUACACCGCUGCAGUUCCAGCUGCAUACGCUGCAUACGUGCCGCAAGUUCCCACUUCGUACAGUUCUCAGGUGGUCUCCAGGAACUAUAAUGGAUACGCUGCAGCUCCCGUCGCCCCCGUGGUUCCCGUUCCUGGUGUUGCGUACGAAGCUGCUUUCCUCUAGGAUUUCACAGGACUUAUCACAAACGACUUGAAAAAGCACAGUUUUCUUUUGUCACAUCCACAUUUAUUGGACAUUAAUACAGAACUGCAGUUUCGUGUUGAAACAACCAACACAUCUUCAGCUUUAGAAUAAUUCCUCAAUAUCAAUUCUCAUUCAACAAACAACUUGGGAAAAUAGGAGAAACUUAUCUCAUGAAAUCAGGGAAAUACCAUGGAAUUUUGAUUCUACAGGGACUUGGAAGAUUUGCUUAGAAAAACGUGAAUGAAUACAGGGAAAUUAUUGCAAAAAUCAGGGAAAUACCAUGGAAUUUAGAUUCUACAGGGACUUGAAAGAUUUGUUAAGAGGAACGUGAAUAAAUACUGGGAAUUUAUUGCAAAAAUUACGGCGAAUAUGAACAACUACUGGACUGAAUCAAUCUGUAGUCGAAUUUAUUAUUCUGUGAUAUAUAUUUUGGGUUAAAGCCACCAGCUAUUUAUUUGGUUCAAGCUCAUAUUGUGUAUUGUAAGCGACUCGGAAGAGUGUAGAACGUGCAACUGACCUAUGAUUCGUAUGUUUCAUGAGGAUCAAUCUAUUGAAUAUUGGUAUUAAACACUCCACUUGUAACUCUCCACAUGUAGCACUCCACAUGCUCACUGUUCAUUUCUGUUGCAACUAUAGUUAUUCAUGCGGAUCAAUAAAAGGAGUAUUGGAAAGUUCACUAUUGUUUGUAUUCAUUCCAUCAUCAGCUCUCAAUUAUAUUUCUGAUCAUCAAGAUUUAGUUCUGUAAUGAUUACUUACAUAAUUAUAAUAAUCUUUGAAGAAUAUAAUAAUCACAAAAUCAGGUUAAAUUUUAACCAUGGUUAAUUCCACGAGUAUCAAUCAGAGAAGCCAUCUUUUCAAAAAAGCCUACUCUGAUUGGUAAAAUUGGAAAACUCUGGUUUUCGUGAAAUUAAUCAUGGUUAAAAUUUAACCGGCUCUUGUGCAACCAGGCAAUCUAUUUGUUAUCGUCUUUGUAAUAACGUUGUGAAGAUGAAUUGGUUAUCCACUUUCUUCCAGAUAAUUCUUCAGAAAAACUCUUUCAGAAAUUGUAUUUUUUUGGGCUACUUUUGAAUAUAAAUAAAAAUAGGAAUCUGAAUACCCUUUUUAAAAUUUA